AUCUGGAAAUUCUAAUUCUUUUUCUUCUUCUCCUUCCUUCUACCUUCAUUCAAUAACUUGAGAAAAGAAAAGAAAAGAAAAAAGUAGGUGGUACUUCUUUUUUUUUUUUUUUCUUUUGGUGCAAUAUGGUUUCACAAAAUUCACCUCGAAACACAUCUUCAUCCAUGCUUCGCCAGUUCAUCAUUUCCAAUUCAAUUUCUAGCCAAACCCGAUUAGAAAGUCAGCAUUUUGAUGCAUAUUGCUCCGUUUUGAGAAGAAAUAUAAACACCACCUUUUCUCAGUCGUCUUCUUCUUCUCUGGGUCUGUUACCCGCCAUUCAUGCUCCGGGGGAAACAAUGUCUAGAUCCAAAGACCUUCUUCCUGUUUCUGCUGUUGCGGAGGAGCAGCUAAUGAUGGACCUCCCCGAAGCCGCAAAUGAAUCCGGUGAUCACCACACUCAACGGCUCUCCUUGUCUCUAGAAUUCUGCAGCAACGAGAUGUUACUAUCUGAGAAACAAGAACUUCACAUCAAAAUGACAAAGCUCAUUUCUUUAUUGGAAGAGGUGGAAGAAAGAUACGAGAGAUAUAGGCAUAAAAUGGAAGAAGUGGUAUCAUCUUUCGAAGCAAUGGCAGGUGUAGGAGCAGUAAAAUUUUAUACUGCUUUAACUCUCCAGGCCAUGUCCGGGCAUUUUUGGAGCUUAAGAGACGCCAUUGUAGCUCAGAUAAACGUAACUAGGAGGAAGUUUAUGCAUGAUUUGCCCAAGAUCAGCACUGGGAUGUCGCAACUUAGCUUGUUCAAUAGAGAAAGUAGAAGCAACAGACUGUCCCUUGAGCAGCUUGGGUUGAUGCAGCAACAGACGCAAGCAUGGAGACCCAUUAGAGGAUUACAGGAUACCUCUGUUGCCAUACUCCGGUCUUGGCUUUUCGAGCACUUCCUUCACCCUUAUCCUAGGGAUUCGGAGAAGUUGAUGUUGGCAUCACAGACAGGACUGAGUAAAAACCAAGCAUCAAACUGGUUUAUAAAAGCUCGGGUUCGGCUAUGGAAGCCUAUGAUUGAGGAAAUGUAUAGAGAGGAGUUCAGGGAAUCUGCUGAAGACAUUGAUCCAUCAUUGGCUAACAAUUCUGUGGGGAGUGAAGCUGCCUCUGAUCAGGCUGGUGAUUUAAAGGGGAAAGAUCAAGUUGAUUAAAGAUUUGAUAAAUGUGAUUGGGCUGAAAUUAUAUAUCAGUGCAUAUUUGGAGAUUAGCUUUUGUGGAGCAUAAAUGCUUAAUGUCUCAGAUUUGGAGAAUUAUGAAUGUAUAAGCAUUUUUAAUGAAAAUUGUGGGAGUAG